AUGAGAACUUUCCAAAAUAUUCUGUUCUUGUCUACUGUUUUAUUCUUACUUUUGACAAUUUCUGCUGCAGUAGACACCAUAACUACAGAUAAAGAAAUAAGAGACAAUGAUACGCUUGUUUCAGAUGGUGAAAUGUAUGAAUUCGGAUUUUUUACCCCCGGUAACUCCAGGUAUCGAUACUUGGGGAUAUGGUAUAAAAAGAUUUUUCCUCAGACAGUUGUAUGGGUUGCUAACAGAGAGACUCCACUUACUGAUACCUCCGGUGUGCUCAGAGUCAAUAGGAUGGGAACACUGCUGCUUCUCAAUGGUAAUAAUACCUUGAUUUGGUCGUCAAAUUCCUCAUUAUCUGUCACUAAUAUUAAUAUAGUCGCAAAGCUUCUAGAUUCAGGAAACCUUGUUGUGCAUGAUAACAUGAGUAGCACAGACGAAGAUCCUAUCUGGCAAAGUUUUGAUUACCCUACUGACACCUUGCUAUCUGGAAUGAAAUUCGGGAAGGAUUUUAUUACAGGAAUAAACAGAUGCUUGACAUCUUGGAAGAGUCUAGAUGAUCCUUCUCCAGGUCUGUAUGUAAGUUACUGGGAUACAAAUGGAUAUCCACAAGCAUUUCAGAGACGAGGUUCAGUUAUAACACUAAGAUUUGGACCAUGGAAUGGUGUUAGGGUAAAUGGUUUUCCUAGCAAGCCAAAUCCUAUCUACACAUAUGACUUUGUUAUGAAUGAGAAGGAGGUGUAUUCUAUAUUUUAUCUUAUUAAUACCUCAUUUCUUUCAAGGGUUGUUAUUGGUCCUGAAGGCCAUGAAAUGAGGUUAAACUGGAAUGAUCCGACCCAAGGAUGGGUCCCAUAUUUGGCUGCAACGGUUGACAUAUGUGCACCAUAUGGACUCUGUGGUUCAUAUGGAAGCUGUAACAUAAACAGUUCACCUGUUUGCAGUUGUAUGGAAGGGUUUGAACCAAAACACCCAAAAGAAUGGAAUGCAGGAGAUUGGUCAGGUGGCUGUCAACGUAAAAAACCACUAAAAUGUGGGAAUGAAGAUGGUUUUCGGGCGAUUUCAGGUUUGAAAUUUCCGGAUACCAGGCAAUCAUGGUACAAUCUGAGCAUGAACCUUGGAGAAUGUAAAAAGGCAUGCAAGAGGAAUUGUUCUUGUACAGCUUAUGCAAAUGUGGAUAUUAGAAGAGGUGGAAGUGGAUGUUUGCUAUGGUUUAAUGAUCUUAUGGAUAUCAGAGAAGCUGAUGAAGAUCAAGAUCUUUACAUAAGAAUGGACGCAUCUGAGUUAACAGGCGUAAAAUCUGGCUUUAACAAGAAAAAAGUAAUCAAAGUGGCCCUUUCAACUUCGUUUGGUUUUAUUCUGAUAUGCCUAGCUGUGGUGGGGUAUGUUUGGAAGAAAAAUUGGUCUUAUGCACGAAGUCAAGGUACUCUGGUGAAGACCCUUUGUGAAGACUAUACAGGGGGAGGCCAAAACAAUGAUGUAGACUUGCCCUUUUUCAGUUUUUCUGAAGUAUCUAAGUUAACCAAUAACUUCUCGAUUGAUAAUAAGCUUGGACAAGGUGGAUUUGGUCCAGUUUACAAGGGUGUAAGGGAAGAUGGGCGAGAAAUAGCUGUAAAGCGGCUAUCUGAAACUUCUACACAAGGGCUUGUUGAGUUUACAAAUGAAGUUAGAUGUAUCCAAAGACUUCAGCAUCGAAAUCUUGUAAAACUUCUGGGAUUCUGUGCUCAAAAAAAUGAAUUUAUGUUGAUUUAUGAAUACAUGCCCAACAGGAGCCUAGAUCAAAUUUUAUUUGAUGAGACCAGAAGUUCAAUGCUUGAUUGGAAUCACCGAUUCCGCAUCAUCAAUGGAAUUGCACGAGGACUUCUUUAUCUGCAUCAAGAUUCGCGCCUUCGUAUCAUACAUAGGGAUCUUAAAGCUGGUAAUAUUUUGUUGGACAAUGACAUGAACCCAAAGAUAUCAGAUUUUGGGCUGGCUAGAAGAUUUAAAGGAUACGAAACUGGAUCUAACACAAAGAAUGUGGUUGGAACUUAUGGUUACAUCCCUCCAGAGUAUGCAGUUCACGGCAUUUUCUCCACAAAAUCAGAUGUAUUUAGCUUCGGUGUUUUGGUGCUGGAAAUAGUAAGUGGGAUGAAAAACCGAGAAUUCACUUCUCGAGAACAUGGCGACAACCUUCUUGGACAUGCAUGGAGACUGUAUAAAGAUGACAAGAGUCUUGAUGUGGUUGGUCCAUCCUUAAGGGAGUCAUGCAUCAUCUUGGAGGUACUCCGGUCAAUACACAUUGGUCUGUUAUGUGUGCAGAAUCAGCCAGAAGAUAGGCCGACAAUGUCAUCUGUAGUGUUGAUGCUUGGUAAUGAUGGUGUCUUGCCUCAGCCUAAACCACCUGCCUUUUUCACCGAGCCUGAUCUCCACCCGCUUGCACUCACCACACAACAAUCUUCUGUUGUUGAUAUCACCUCAUCAUUGACAGGUCGAUAGAAUGAUUUUUUGUUUCUUUCAAAGUUCAUAAACCAUACAAUAUAAAUUCAGCUUUAACUCCUGAACAUAGUUU